AUGGACGCUCUUCGUCCCGGGCACACACACCGGAGCAGUAGUGACCGCCUCCUCAACAACUACCUGUACGUCCAUGCUGCCCCACCUCCCCCCCUGACCAACGCCAAGAACGGCCCGCUGACCCAACCUUCUUACAGCGACUCACAGAAGAGCCUCACUACCUCGCUCCUUACACUCCUCUCGCACUCGCAUGCCUCGACCUCGUCCCUCUUGGCCUAUGUCACCUCAUCCCCGGGUGUGCUCCUCCCCGUGAGGAGAGCAGUCCGCCAUGCCGCCUUUGAGGGCCCCCUCUCCCCCUCCAUGCACGAGAGUGCUGCGGGCACCAACGGAUCAGCACUCGCCGACACUGGCACACCUGGCUGGGCUUCAUACGUCAGCAGCCUCGAGGACUUUCGCAAGGACCUAAAGCAGAUUCACCUGCUCGAGGAGGAGAUGAGCCGAGUCAAGCGCGACCGCGAGAUUCUCGUCACACGCCUCAUCAAGACGACAAAGUCGCGCCCCACCAAGUCUGACAUCAAGGACAUGGCCAACUCGCUUUCGGUGCCCCGUGACCGUGAGGGCUCCAUCAUGUCGUCCCAGGCGUCGGUGUAUUCGCACUCGUCGGACGUUUCGGCCACCACCAACAACAAGGAGUCGAAGCGCGCGGGCAAGCUGGCCGAGGCGCAGGCCGAACUGCUCGGCUGUGAGGAGCACCUGCGUUCUCUCGAGGUGCGCAUUGAGAGUGAGCGCAACAAGGUCAUGUACCGUGGCCUCGAGGAGCGUUUCCGCGCAAUGGAGGUCGUCGGCCACAUGUGGCUGGCUCAGUCUCGUCGCGGCCUGGAGGAUCUCGAAAAGCUCCCCGACCUCCCUGCCAACGCCUACGAGUUGGACUCGAACGGCUCGCUUGCACCUUCCCAGUCGGCAUCCCAGGUUGGCUACGAGGACGCCUCGCCCAUAAAGCGUGCCAUCCGCAUGUCAGGCCCCCGGGGGCCAGGCUCCAUCGAGGGCGAUAUCGCCGAGGAGGAGGAGGGAGGCGGCAGUUCCGACGACGAGCCUCAUGGAGCGCUUGUCAUGCACGAGAACCGCCAAGGAGGUCUGGUCAUGCACGAGAACCGUCGGGCAAGUGGUCAGCUCAACGGCUCAGCUACUGGCCCCGCAACUGCGCCGCCACACAAGCCGUCACCUCUGGGCCAGCAGCCAGCUGGUGCCCCCGCGCCAUACCUCCCCACAGCGCCUUACUCGUCCAUCGACCGGAGCGCGAGUGCUGCUCGCCGUGCCACGAGCGAGAUUGGGACCAGGGCCUACAACCCUCCUCAACGGCAGCCUCUCCGCCGCACCGUCUCCAAUGACCACAGCCCACCGCGUCGCGCUGGCUCUGACACGUCCAGUAUCCGCAGCGUGCGCAAGAAGGGCUUCUUUGCGUCGAUUGCCCGCUUCUUCAAGGGCCCAAAGCACAAGCCGAACCCUCAGCGUUCGCGUAGCGGCCGGGACUCCCCAGCUCGCGCCGGUGGAGCAUGGCAGACGAGGACCAACGACAACCUGAAGCGUGGCUCGACGAUUGGCCGCACACGCAUGCGCAGUGACUCGAGCUCGGACGAGGACGACAUGGCAAACCUCGUCCAGGUCUCGAACCGUGGACCGACCGACUUUGGAGGAUGGAGCGCAGCCGACGUUGGCAGGGUGCCAUCCACAUCUGGACGUGCAACUGUGGUACCCCGGGCGACCACCCCCAAGGCCACAGCAGCGGCUGGUGGCGUCACGCGCUCCAACACUGUCAAGAGCACCAAGUCGGUGAACACGGUCAGGUCUUCAGCUACCGACACUGCCAAGACCCGCAAGAAUGGCAGCAUUGCGCGCACAAAGAGCGCCAAGAGCCGUGCCGAUGCUCGCUCGUCCAACAUCAUGUCCAUUGUCGACAUGGCCCCUCCCGCCAUGCCCGACGUUCCCAAGGCGCCCAGCUCGCAGAAUAACCCCCGCAUGGAGCUUGUCACCGCCCCUGGCUCAUCCAUUGUUCCUUCUGGUGGCAAGACCCAGCUUGUUUUGCCCUCGCACGUCAUGACCGGAGCCGUGUCCCGUGUCCGUGACCAGGACGAGCUGCGCCCGCAGGACUCGAUCUCGCGCUCCAACAGCGCACGUACUGCAAAGUCGGAGAGAGUCCCAAAGGCCGACAAGCAGCGUGACCUGCCCGAGCGCCCUCGUUCAGUGUCGCCCCUGCCCCCAUCCAAAAUGCGCUCGCCGCCUCUCAAGUCGGCCCUCCGCCCGACCUCGCCCUCUCCCCCAGGCUCCUCCCUUCCCCCUCCCGUCAUCACCACACUCUUCUCGGUCUCGGCACCCCCUCCCGUCGACAUUCCGUCCGAGUCGGAGCCCGAGCACGAGAUUGAGAGGCAGCCCUCUCCUUCGCCAGCUGCGCGUCCCGCCAUGGCCCAGCGCAACUCGUCAUACAGUGGCACCGGCGACGAGACUAGCCUCUACGAGUCUGCUCGGGAGGAGGGCGGUGCUGCUGUCACUGGCGACGACGACGAGACGUCCGAUGACGAAGCCACCGAGCUUGGCCGCUAUAACGUCGUUGAGAACGAGCGUGUGGCGCGCCGAAACGAAAUCGCCGCUUCUGCCGAGGGACGCGACCUUCCCCCUCUCCCCGGGACGACGUCUCGAACACUACCGCCGUCCGCGCAUCCCCUCAGCCCAUUCUCCCCGAUGUGGCCCAUGCGCCCGCGCCCGUGA